AUGGCGGAUCUCGAAGAAGCGAUCCCUCAGCAUUUGGACGAGAUUGACGCGCUAGACGCGCUGGGUCGGACCCCGCUUACUUGGGCAGCUGCCAGAGGAGACAGCCGUGCUGUAGCCCUCCUUCUAGCCCAUGGUGCUAAUCCAGACAUUUUGGAUAUACAGCUUAGCGGAGGUGUCUCCUAUGCUGCCCAAAGAAACCAUCUUACUUGCGUAAGACUGCUCCUCGAAGCUGGCGCCUUACCCGAU